AUGAAGGAUAGUUGGGAUGCUGGAGACCUAGUAGAUCUCUUUUUGAAGCAUGGUGUUGAGCAUGAAAUUGGCUUUUGUGAUUUGUAUCCCCCGACACAAAAAUGUCUGGAUCCACACUGUUUGGGAGGACAAAAGGGACCACAACAUCAAGAGUUGUUAGAUCUGUGCGGGUAUUGUGCUGUUCUCUUCACACGCAAUUUCGGCCCCCUUCCUGUCUGGUUGUACUCUGCAAAAUGCCCCCAUAAGUUGUCCUAUACAUACACCAUAUUGACACCAUUGACUCUGACCGUCCUCAUAGGAUGCGGUGCCCGUUAUUAUCCUAACUAUUACAUCUAUAAUGGCACUCAUACAUACUAUCUCAGGAUCCCAUAUGCCAUACAUGUUACAAUGCACUUGUACGUCGAGUCCUCAUUAUGUGAGCGCUUUGCAAAUUCAAUGGUUUUCUCGCACUGUUGUGCUUGCGAUGGCUCUGCGUGCAAAAACACAACACAAAACACACCACUAAACACAGGUUCUCUGCAAUAUCGCAUCACGGAGCUACUCGCGGUGUACCUCAUCUGCGACUUUCAUGAGAGAUUGGAUAUCCUCAUCCUCAGCAACACUCCUCACCCUGAUUGUCUUCAUGAAGCUCUAGAGGCUCGGAACAUCACAAUGGUAGGCCCAGGACAGAAACUGUGGAACCAUGCAUGCGAGCAGUGCUGCACCACUGAGGAGAGGGACAAUAGUGUCUUCGGCCACCCUUGCUGUGCUCACCAUGAUUGUCAACAGCCCCUUCCAACCCAACAAGCCAAGUACUGCGCUGAGCACUCGUGGGAAGGGAAUAUUUGUUGUAUCACAAGCUGCGACAGAACGAUUGAGGCCGGAUUUCAGACUUGCAACUUGCCGGACCACCGUUCAAUGGAGAAACAUGGCAUUGAAGAACAUUCCGCCAUGUUCCAGCUUCAAAAACGCCUCGAACGGCGCAAGGUUGCGCUGAUCAACAAUUCUAUGCCCUUCAGUGAACAGGACACAGAUCCCUUGACCGCCAUGGCUCAUGACGACACUGUUGAGAUGGAAGCGUCGGCCGUAUGUGCGGAAAAGUCGGAGAUGGGCAACGUCAAACUGCGCGCUCGGUUUGGGUGUUCUAGGACCCACAGUGAGCAGCUCUGUGUUGCAACAUGCGGGGUUGUUCUUGGAAGAGCGACUUUCUACGGCUCAGAGGCAGUCAAUGGUGUUUGCCAACACAUCACAAGGCUUCAAGAUCAACAUUUCAGGACCUGUGCUCUACCUGUCGAUGUCUUUCACAUAAAGUCGAAGCACAAGGAGUCGGAUAAUUUCUGUGGCCAGCAUUGUAAUCUAGUACUCUUUCAGGAGCUUAUGGUAGAUGGUAAGUGGAGGUUUAAUUCUUCGGCAGCAAAGAUGACGAACACAUGGUUUGGAGGGUUUCAUUCUAUUGUGCAAGAGAUGCGUAGGGAUCGGGUUGCAUGUUACCAGAUCCCGUGUUUGUAUUUACUUGGGAAAUAG